AUGAAAUUUAAUAAUAAAGAAUUUUGGUAUUAUUUCAAAUGCAUAAUUGACAUUGCAUUAUCAGCGAUAAUUUAUGGUUAUUCAAAAGAUUCUUUUAUAGUAACUAUAAAUACAGUUACAAUCUAAUUAUUGGGUAUAUUAUUAUCACCUUGCAUUGCAAAGAAAUUUGGUAGAAAGAAGAGAAAAUACAUAUAAAUUAUUAUGUUAUUGGCUUAAUUAGCACAAAUAUUUUAUUGUUGCUUCUAUUUUACAGAAAUGUUGAGAUAUGGCUAUUUACUUAUUAAAUUUUAUGAAAAACAAUUAAUAGAUAAUCUAUAAAAGCAAUUUAGUUACAUAUUUUUUAUUGGUUUGAAUGCUCUCUAAUUAUUUUUGAUGAUAUCAUAAAAUGAAUAAGGAGUUACUUAUUUUACAGUAGGUUAUGCAACAAUGUUAAUCUUUAAAGAAAAACAUCAAAAUAUGAAAAAGAAAGAGAAAAUGAAAUUUAAAGAGUUAGAAAAAACAGAUAUUAAACCAUCAAGAUAUUAAACAAGAUAAUCUUUAUUAAUUAAUCGUAUUAGUGAAUCUGUUAGUAUGAAAUGGAUGAAUAAAUUAUAAACUUUUCCUGUUGGAAUAGUAAUAGUAAAAAAGGAAAAUUUAGAAAUUUUAUUUGAAAAUGAUUAGUUAUUAUAAAUUUUUGAAGCUGAAAGUGAUAUUGGAAAAUUUAUUCUUGAGAAUUUAGAAUGUACAAUAAUUCAAAAGAAAAACAAUUAUUUUAUGCAUUAAACUAGUAUAGUAUUAGAGAAAAAUGGUAUGAUUUAAGCUUCAGGUACCUUCAAUUUAACAUAAUAGAAAAUUUAAAAUAAGACAUUCACUAUAAAACAAAUUUUAAAUUUAUUAAAUAUGGGACAUUUAGAAAAAUUUAAAACACGUGAUGAUCAAUUAGAAUUAUCUGCUACAUUUUGUAAAGGAAAUGAAGCCUUUUUUGAAGAAAGAAAUCUAUUAUUUAAAAUUUCAUCUGCAUAAGAUGAAAAUGAAUUUUUGAUUAUCAUUUAAGAUAUUACUCUAUAAACAAAUUUCAAGAAAAUGGAAACAAAAGAAUAAUUCAUUGUUAAAAUGAUUGAUUCAUUCUCACAUGAAUUAAGAACACCAUUAAAUAGUGCAGAAUUAUUUCUAUAAGCAUUAAGUUAAACAAAUUCUUUACCUGUUUAAUUAAAAGAAAAUUUUAUUGAUCCUGCAAAAAAUUCAUUAAGAUUAUAAGCCUAUAUAAUAAGAGAUAUUAUUGAUUUCACAUAAUUUAAUUAGAAGAUGAUCAAAUAUGAUUUCUCAGAUUUUAAUUUUGUAGAUAUCAUCUAAGAAAUAAAUGAUCUAUUUAAACUUAUUUUUUAACAUAAAAAAAUAGGUUUACAUGUAAAUGCUUAAAGGUCUAUUCCUACUGUCAUUAAAUCAGAUUAUUAUAGAAUCAUGUAAAUUUUAGUAAACAUUCUCUAAAAUUCAGUUAAAUUUAGUUCAAAAGGCUAAGUAGAAGUUGUAAUACAAGGUUUUGAUGGUUAUGUGUUAUUUAGUAUAUAAGAUUAAGGAUAAGGGAUAGAACCAUAACUCUUAACAAAAAUCUAAUAAACUCUUUAAGAUUUUGCAUUGAAUAGGAGUUUAUCUUAAUAACAUGAGUGGUAAGGUUUAGGACUUCUGGUGAGUUAGAUGAAUUUAAUAACUUUGGCACCUUAAAAUAAAUCAUAUCUUUAAAUUACUUCUAAAGGUUUGAAUCAAGGAGUUGAAGUUAAAUUCAGAAUUAAAACUUAAACCUAAGUUUUCACUUAAUAAUUAGCUUAACAUAAAACAUUUAAAAGAGGAUCUCUAUAAACUCCAAAUACAGUUCCAGAUCUCAGUGAAGGUCUAUAAGGUAUUUAAAUCAAAUAAUACUUAAUAAGGUUUAUUAAUUAUAACAAAUGCUGAAUAUAAGAAUGCUUCAGUCAAAAAUAUACCUGUUAAGGAUUUACCAUCAAUUGCUGAUUAUUAUGGGAAACCUUAAUCUAAUUAGAUAGUUGGACUUCAAAGUUAACUUGAAACAGAUCUUUAAAUUCAAGGUAUGAAGUGAUAUUAUAUUAGUAUUUAGAUUCUGAUAGAUUUGGUUUAACUCAUUAACUUAUAUAAAUAUAAUCAAAUUUUUAUCCAAAAUUUUUGACUACAAAACAUAGACAAAAUUCAUUAGUAUCAAGAAUGUAAUAAAGAAAUGAUGACUAGAGUUAAUUAUAAAUAAAUUUCAACAAAGUAAAAUUUAAAUUUAAAUGUUAAUGUUAAAGAGCUUUAUCAGUAGAUGAUGAUUCUUUCAAUUAAAAAGCACUUGAAAUGAUUUUAGGAUAAAUGGGAUUUGAUAUAUAACUUGCAUAUAAUGGUUAAUAAGCUAUAGAAAUUAUUAAAAAUACUAAAAAAUGCAGUGAAAAUUGUUAACUAUAUGUUUUCAUUUUGAUGGAUUGUUAAAUGCCAAUUUUAGAUGGAUGGUAAACAACUAAAAGAUUAAGAAAUAUGAUGACUGGUAAUAUCAUACCAUCUAUUCCUAUAAUUGGAUUAACUGCAUUUAAUGGAUAAUAUGAAAUAGAAAAAUGUUAUGAAAGUGGAAUGCAAAUAGUUUUAACAAAACCAUUGAAUAUUGAUGACUUUAAAUAAGCAUUGAUUCGCAUUUAUAGGUUUGUAAUAUGA